AGCCUUCUAUUGGUCGCAUGUUAUGUCUAGUCGAUACUAUUAAGGAUCAACAGGAUGGUAAUAGUUUUAAUGGUUAACAGCUGAUGGUUUGUAAUGGUAUUUGUAGUGGAAAACAUUCUAUUGUUGUUGUUGUUUUCAGCAGGGGUAUAACAAAAUGUUUAACUAUCAGAAAGGUUUUCAAGUAGAACAUUUAAAGAAGAACCGUGAAUUACCCCAUGAACCCUUGAACUCUUUUUUUCUAAGAGUGAAGAAAUACUAGACCUACUUGACGUGAUUUGCAUGGGGGAAAACUUUACUGUUUGUUAUGCACUAUGAGGAAAAUGAAUAGAAACUGCAGCGUGAACGGUGAAGGAACAUACAGUAUUCUGCACUGCGGAUGUAUGCUAGCCCUGGGUUAAACCAAACUAAGCAGUGCUCUGUUUCCCUUUUCCUCCACUGAGGCAGUCAGCCACUAGGUGGUGGCACCACUGUCAGAAAAAUAUAUACACUCACUGAUCACCAUGACAAUCAUUAAUAACCAGGCUGAUCAACUAGUACAUACACAUGCGGGGUGUGUCCCCUAAAGCAGUAGUUUUCAAAGUGGGGCCGCCAGGGGGCGCCCGAGGGCCUCAACAAUUUGGUGUGAAAAAUAAAUAAAUACAUGAUUUUUUCUUUCUCACUCUCAGACAACCACACACACACAAUCAAUUCCUAAUGUAAUGUAAAGAUGUAAGAUGUAAUUAUUAAUUUAAAAAAGGGGGGGAUAUAUUCAGAAGUCUGUAUUUUAAUGUGUUUUAAAGACAUCUUGCAAAAGGGGGGCCUCAGACAAAUGUUAAUGCCAUUUGGGGGGCCUUGCCCUGGAAAAGUUUGGGAACCCCUGCCCUAAAGUGUCUGAAGAUUAUGCUUUUUUUAUUGUACUGAAUAUGCUAUUGUUUCUUAUACACAUGAACAUGUUUAAGCAUAUAUGCACAAAAUGAUAGAUAUACGUAUGGAGAUUUAAUUACAUGUUAUUUGUGUAUAUUUCAUGUGCAUAUUAUUGUUCCCUACUUGAGUUUGUAAAUUGAAAUCUUUCAAUUAAAAUAAAAACAUUCUAGGUGUGCUUUUGUUUCCUUUUUUUCUUUCCUUUGUAUAUUCAGUUUUAGAACUCAUUCCUGCUUUGAAUUAUUUGCAGCAAAAACAAACAAAUAAAUACAAUAAAAAUAAAUGUAAUUCCCAUUUUCCUACACCACUCAAACUACAGUUUUGUAAUUUCCUACUUCAUACUUUUUUAUGCUAGCAGUGUAGACUUUUAUGCUAGCGACCUCUGGCUUUCAGUUUCCGGUAUAUGGCGGAAGUUUAGUUCCUGUGUUUGAGGCAGGAGUUUGUUAACUGUUUGUUGGCACCAUUAAAGAUAGUAUUUGAAUCGUGUCUUUAGGUUUGUUUUUAAGAUGUCAGAUACAUGGCGCGACAUCCAGGCACAUAAAAAGAAGCUGGACUCUCUGAGAGAGAGGCUGCAGAGGAGGAGGAAAGAUCCAACACAGCUGGGCAUCGAGGUUGGUGGUGGUGAUGGGGCACCCACACGCAGUGACAGUCCAGGGCCAACCCUCCAAACCCCGACAGAGAUGGAGGAGGAGCGUCCCCCUGACCCUGAAUUAGAGAGAAGACUUCUGGAAUACCUGUCCGAAUUGAGCCUCACACUCCCCACUGACUCUCUGGCCAUCACCAGCCAGCUCAACUCUUCAGAAUCACCAGUAUCGCAUGCCUGUAUCCAGAGUCUUCUUCUGAAAUUUUCAGCUCAGGAACUGAUCGAAGUCCGACAGCCAACCAACAACACCUCGUCUUUGUCCUCUUCUUCGUCCACCUUAGUUGUCUCUGUCGAUCAUACCAAACUGUGGGCAAUGAUUAGUAGUUCCACACCACAACCUCAGAAAGUUGGUGUGAAAAGAAAAGGAGAUGAUAUUAUUCACCAAAAGAGAGCUCCUGGCUCCUCCCCUUUGCUUCAGCCAUCUUCUUCGCCGUCCAAGACGUCAUCCAUUUCUUCUGCUUCCAGUUCACAGCUGGCAGGGACUUCUGAUUGGAAGUCGGGAUCUGGAGGAGUUGGGGCUGAGAAAAAGGGCAGAAUCAAUAAGGGAAAGACGUCUCACUUGGAUAUGGAGAUAGAGAGUUUAUUGAGUCAGCAGUCAACCAAGGAGCAACAAAGCAAAAAGGUGAGCAGGGAAAUCCUUGAGUUGCUGAACACCAGCUCGGCCAGGGAGCAGUCCAUUGUAGAAAAGUUUCGUUCACGGGGUCGAGCACAGGUGCAGGAAUUCUGCGAUCACGGGACUAAGGAGGAGUGCAUGCGAUAUGGAGACACACCACAACCCUGCAACAAGCUGCACUUUAGGCGGAUCAUCAACAAGCACACAGACGAGAGUCUUGGAGACUGCUCCUUCCUAAACACCUGCUUCCACAUGGACACCUGCAAAUAUGUGCACUACGAGAUUGACAGCCCCCCUGAAGCUGAGAGCGGCUCCAUGGGACCUCAGCCCGGCACCACUGAGCUCACUCUGCAUGCUGGAGACGGAGACAGCAAUGUGGGCACACUGUUUCCAGCUCAGUGGAUUUGUUGUGAUAUCCGCUACCUGGAUGUGUCCAUUCUGGGGAAGUUUGCAGUGGUAAUGGCUGACCCUCCGUGGGACAUUCACAUGGAACUUCCCUAUGGAACUCUGACAGAUGAUGAGAUGAGGAAACUUAACAUACCUAUUCUGCAGGAUGAUGGCUUCCUCUUCCUCUGGGUGACUGGAAGAGCAAUGGAGCUUGGAAGAGAGUGUCUAAGCCUCUGGGGGUAUGAGCGUGUUGAUGAGAUCAUUUGGGUGAAGACCAAUCAGCUCCAGCGGAUUAUUCGGACAGGACGGACUGGACACUGGCUGAACCACGGCAAAGAGCACUGCUUGGUCGGAGUGAAAGGAAACCCUCAAGGAUUUAACAGAGGCCUGGACUGUGAUGUGAUUGUUGCAGAGGUGCGCUCUACCAGUCACAAACCAGAUGAGAUCUAUGGAAUGAUUGAGCGGUUGUCUCCUGGCACUAGGAAGAUUGAACUGUUUGGGAGGCCCCAUAAUGUCCAACCAAACUGGGUAACGUUGGGGAAUCAGUUGGAUGGAAUUCAUUUGUUGGACCCUGAUGUAGUAGCCCGCUUUAAAAAGCGCUAUCCAGAUGGAGUCAUUUCCAAACCCAAAAACAUGUGAAGACAUAACCAGCUCAAAGUGGCUGCU